CCUGUUUUUAGUGAUGGGGAGGGAUAAUGUUUUUUUCAAGGAAUCCCUCGAUCAUCAUUGAAUUCAUUUACUGUUAAAACGUGGUUGAGUGUGUUGUGCGUACCGGUUCUUAAAUAUUGAAUGUACAUGUGCUCUAACAACAUUUUACUAGUAAAAAUUUAAAUUUAAUAACGUUAUAUAAAUGUUUUCUCUUAAAAAAGUUCUAGAAAAAGAAAUAAUGUAACAUUAUUGUAUUAAGAAGUUUUAUUGGAAUUGGUAAAACAAUGAUUUGUAUCAACAGAGGUUAACUACUAUUGGGUUAAAUUUUAGUACCUUAGUUCGUAUGAUGAUGAAUGUGGCAGUAUAAUAAAGGAAUACGAUAAUGAUAUUCUUAUAAACCUUCAAAUACAAAGAAAGACAACAACACAUUCGAUAUUUGUUUGUGUACAUAUUGAAUUACGAGCUGAACAAUAAUUUAUAAGGAGUCGUUUACUUUCUAAAUAUUUCCAUUUAGAGAAUAAUGAAUGUUUAAAUUUGCUACUGAUAUGAACAAAACUAUACGGGUAUUAAUCAUCGCAAUUUUAACAUCAACAGUGAUCACAGAAAAUAAAUAUACAUGGUGCAAAAUGAAUAACACCCUAAUAGUACCUUACAAUAACGUUACUUUAAAAAACGACUCAAUCAUAUGGACUAAUGGGGAAUCAUCUAAAAAAUAUUCGAAAUCAACUUACCGUAAGGUUGAUGUGGGUUUUGAAUUGUGUAUUUGUGCUGUCGAAUCGUGUGUGUAUAAAUGUUGCAAGGAAAAUGAAUUUUAUGUGCAUAACGAGUGUAAAGUAUUGGACGAUUCCAUUAAUUUCACUUUUAGAGUGCCAAAGUCUAUAAAUGGGUCAGGUUUCAUGGAAGAAUAUAACGAGAGUCAUUUUCAUAUAGUUUAUGGAAGACCAAAAUGUCUCAAAAGCAAAUAUAGAUUAAAUCCAUAUAACAAAAGUACAGAUAUUUUUCAUAUAUCUCAAACUGGUUUGUUAAUAAAAAGUACUAAUAAUAAGCCAGUAGAAACAGAUCAAUACUGUGUAGAAUCUUUUCUCAGCUCAAAUUUUCGAGUCUUACCUUUAGUAUGCUUCCAGCCUAAAGAUGAUCUUGUAGACGACUCUAUACAAAUAAAUUUAGUUUUCACAGUUGGUAUGUUAUUAUCUCUACCGUUUCUAUUCACUACAUUUUUAAUUUAUGCUCUUAUAAGUGAAUUAAGAAAUGUAUAUGGAAAGUCUUUGAUGUGUCAUGUUGCAGCACUUUUUAUAGCAUAUUCAGGCUUAAUUUUAAUUCAAAUUAAUUUCUUCCAACUUCACCAAAUCGUUUGUCACGUAUUAGCAUACAUUGUACAAUUUGCUUUUUUAGCCAGUUUUUUUUGGUUAAAUGUCAUGUGUUUCGAUUUAUGGCAGACAUUUAGUAACUGUAAACCACUUAGAGAAAACGGAAAAAAAAUUCAAUAUGAGAAAUUUACAAAACAUUCAAUUUAUGCUUGGGGUUGUCCAAGUGCUAUAUCAAUCAUUUCUUUAUACAUAGAGUUGUCUCCACAUAUACCAAAAUCAAUUAUUCGACCAGAAUUCGGAAGAGAAAAUUGCUGGUUUUAUUUAAUAUCAAUUUCAAACAUUUUUGGAAAUGGAAAUUUUAAUAACAGCUCAACGUGGUGCAAGAUGAAUAAGACGUUAGUACUUCCACUGGACAAUGUCACAUUAAUGGGUGACGCACUAUGGACUAAAGACCAGCAGCCAAAAACUUAUCCAAAAUCAGCAUACCGUAAAGUCAAGUCAGGAUAUAAACUCUGUAUUUGUGAAGUAGAACAGUGUUUUCGUAAGUGUUGUAGAAAUAAUAGUAUAUAUGGGCCUAAUGGAUGCAUAAAACGAAACGAAUCAACAUAUCCUACUUUUAAAAUCCCAAAAUUUGUUAAUGCAUUUGGUUUUAUUGGAGAACAUGAAGAAAACAGAUUUCAUAUUCUUUACGGAAAACCAAAGUGUAAUACCAGCCUUUAUGUACUAGAACCACAGAAAAAAACCAAUGAUUAUUUUAAUAUUACAAAUACUGGUCUAUUAAUACAACAAAAUGGUGAUAAAAUUUCAGAUCAACUUUAUUGUAUGGAUUAUAUUUAUGAUUCAAGUUUUCGAGUUCUGCCAUUAGUAUGUAAAAAAUCAGAAAACUUAACUAUCAAGAAUGUACAAAAAAACAAAAAAUCUUUUGUAAUGACUAUCAUUUCAAGGGUAGCUUUGAUUCUAUCUCUUAUAUGUUGUUUUGCUACUUUCUUAGUAUAUUCCCUUAUUAGGGAAUUAAGAAAUUUACAUGGCAAGAACCUUAUGUGUUAUGUCGGAUCUCUUUCUUUGUCAUAUAUAAACUUGUUUAUAGCUUCAACCGACCCUUUUAAAAAACCACAACAUAUUUGCAUAGUAAUAGCACUUACAUUUCAAUUUUCAUUCUUGGCUAGUUUUUUCUGGUUAAAUGUUAUGUGUUUAGAUUUAUGGCGGACAUUCAGAUUAAUAAGAAUACAUACUAAAGAGCGAGAUUCAAGACAGUUUAUAUUUUAUUCCAUUUAUGCUUGGGGUUGUCCAAUCAUAAUUUUAAUUGUUACACUGUCAAUUGAAUUAUCAUCAAAUAUAGUUAAAGCUACUUUAAGACCACAAUUUGGAAGAAAAGGAUGUUGGUUUUAUUCAAAAACCGCAGAACUUUUGUAUUAUUAUGGACCUAUUGGAAUUUUGUUGACUAGUAAUUUAUUAAUGUUUAUAUAUACUGCUGUUCUAAUCAUGGUUACACAAAUAAAAAAUUCAAAAAUACUUCAAGGAUCAGAAAGCGAUUCAAAUAAAAACAAAAAAACAAUAAGGUUCACCUUAUAUUUUAAACUUUUUUUCAUUAUGGGAUUAAAUUGGCUCACAGAUAUAUUUUCUUGGGCUUCAGGUCAACAUCAUCCUAUUUGGCGCCUAACAGACAUUGGAAAUGCAUCACAAGGAUUACUAAUAUUUUAUAUUUUUGUGUGUAACAAAAAAGUGAUGAAACUAAUAAAAAAAAAUUUUAUUUCAAAAACAGAACGCAACACUCAUUUAAAUAUCACAGCCAUUACAGAUUCUAAUUUAGUUGACAUGCAAAGCUUGUAAAUGCAUGAUUUUUUCUAUAUUUUUAGAUUUAAUGUAUCUCAUAUUUUCACAUUUAUCUAAUAUUUGUGUUUCAUGUAUUCCCAAAUAAUUAGUCAUCAUAGUUAACAUUAUUAGCUGAUUUUGAUAAUUCACUGCAACUAUUUUUAGGCUUAAAAUACCUUGUUAUUAGUUUCCAUUAGAAUGUGGAUUUUUAUAAAUUUAUAAAUUUUGUUAAGUUAUUCCAAAAACACAUCAUCAUCCAGUAAAAUAUUGUAUUAAUAGGCUUGAAAACUUAGUAAUGUGAUCUAACUGUAGUUAUAGCGUUGAAGUUGAUUACGGGACAUAUUCCAUUCUAAAAUGAUAAAUAUUUCUACACUACUGUAUGUUCCAUCAACAAAUUUGCACAAACUGAGUCCUUUUAAAAUGGCUCAAACAAAAUUAAUAAAUGCAUAUGAAUCCACUCUCUAGUUUUCAUUUAUUAAUUUACAUUUAUAAAAUAAUUUUAUAGUGAUCACAUCAAAAUUAAAAAAUUUCUGUCAUUUAUAUAAUAAUGCAAGUUCUUUAAGAUAUGUAUUGUCAUAAUGUGUAUUUUAUUCUAUUUUAAGAUUUAGAAGCAUAAUUUUAAGAUUCAUUCAGUUAUAUCAGGACCAAAGUUUAUUUUUUACAUGAAAAUGUAAACAAUUAUUAAAAAGUGUUUGUUAGUGUAAUAAUUUUAAUGUUUUCAUAAAAAUAGUCAAUAAGAUGUUUGUAUAAUUCUAGAUAAAUUUUUAUUGAACCAAAAUUUAAUACUGAAUAUAAAGAAUAACCAUUUACACACAUUUAUGAAAAGUUUUAAGUGAGAUUUUAAGUAAGUUGAUUUUUCCCCACCCUAAAUUUGUUUUAAUUGUGAGGGGCUAUGACAACUUUUAGGAGGCGUAGCCUGCUCUCUACUAUGCCUAUGAUAAUAACUAUUAUACACUUUUUACUUAUUGAUUUGUUUACAUAAAUUUUACAUAUUUUUCUUGUACAUAAUGGAUAUUAAAUAUUUGCUACUUUUUUAGUUGUAAAUUAUUUUUUUUUACGCUAAAUAAUACAUAAUGUCAACCCCCUAAGUCAUUUAUUUAAUCUCUUCAUUUGAAUCAUCUUGUAAUAAAUACAUGUGAUUAAUUUAAUAUCAAAAAAAAAUUCUUAAUAAAAUACACUAAGUAUGUGGA